AGCUGAUUUACUGCAGCGGUGGCGGUGGCAGCGGCUCUUUGCAGCCUCGGUGGGGAGAGGGCGGCCGGACAGGGGUUGCGCCCCGAUUUCCCACCCGGGGGUGCGCACCCCCGCUCCCCGACCCCCUCCCCAGACACGUCCUCGCCGGGUCCUCUUUUGCCCGGACACCCACGGAUGGUCUGAUCGACUCGAUCGCGGCAGGAGAUGAAGCUGUGACAGAUGGGGAAGCUGAGACCCAGAGGAAGAUCUUUUCCAAGACUGCAUAGAGGAGUGAGGAUUUGAACACAGUUCUUCUGAUUGUUUGAAAACACAAUGGCGGGAAACAGCCUUGUCCUACCCAUUGUUCUUUGGGGUCGCAAAGCACCGACACAUUGCAUCUCAGCAGUACUUUUAACAGAUGACGGGUCCACAAUUGUAACUGGAUGUCACGAUGGACAAAUAUGUCUCUGGGAUCUUUCAGCAGAACUGGAAGUUAAUCCUCGAGCAUUGUUGUUUGGCCACACAGCUUCAAUCACUUGUUUGUCUAAGGCCUGUGCUUCUAGUGACAAGCAGUAUAUUGUCAGUGCCUCUGAAAGUGGAGAGAUGUGUCUUUGGGAUGUGAAUGAUGGCCGAUGUAUUGAAUUCACAAAACUAGCCUGCACGCAUACCGGCAUACAGUUCUACCAGUUCUCUGUUGGAAAUCAGCGAGAAGGAAGGCUUUUAUGCCAUGGCCAUUAUCCUGAAAUCCUCGUUGUGGAUGCCACCAGCCUUGAGGUUUUAUAUUCUUUAGUUUCCAAGAUCUCUCCUGACUGGAUUAGCUCCAUGAGCAUUAUUCGAUCCAACCGAACACAAGAGGACACUGUGGUGGCGCUCUCGGUGACUGGCAUCCUGAAGGUGUGGAUUGUCACCUCCGAGAUCAGUGGCAUGCAGGAUACUGAGCCAAUAUUUGAGGAGGAAUCCAAACCAAUUUAUUGUCAGAAUUGCCAAAGCAUCUCUUUCUGUGCAUUCACACAGCGGUCACUUUUGGUAGUGUGCUCCAAAUAUUGGAGGGUAUUUGAUGCUGGAGACUAUUCCCUGUUGUGUUCAGGUCCUAGUGAAAAUGGACAGACAUGGACUGGAGGUGACUUUAUAUCAGCAGAUAAAGUCAUCAUUUGGACUGAAAGCGGACAAAGCUAUAUUUACAAAUUACCAGCCAGUUGCCUUCCAGCUAGUGAUUCUUUCCGCAGUGAUGUGGGAAAAGCAGUUGAAAAUUUAAUUCCUCCUGUACAACACAAACUCUUGGAUCGAACAGAUAAAGAGCUGCUGAUUUGUCCUCCUGUUACCCGGUUUUUCUAUGGAGGCAGGGAAUACUCCCAUAAGCUAUUAAUUCAGGGUGAUUCUUCAGGAAGAUUGAAUAUUUGGAACAUAUCAGACACACCUGAUAAAAAGGAAGGUAAAGAAGGAUUGAGAAUGACAAUUUCGAUUAGUUUGCAAGAAGCUUUUGACAAAUUGAACCCUUGUCCUGCCGGAAUUAUAGAUCAGCUAAGUGUGAUCCCAAAUAGUGAUACACCCCUUAAAGUAACUGCAAGUGUGUACAUCCCAGCACACGGGAGGCUGGUCUGUGGCCGUGAGGAUGGGAGCAUCAUCAUCGUGCCUGCCACCCAGACAGCCAUCGUGCAGCUGCUGCAAGGGGAGCACAUGCUCCGGAGAGGCUGGCCACCUCACAGAACACUGCGUGGUCAUCGGAACAAAGUCACGUGCCUGCUAUAUCCUCAUCAGGUCUCGCCUCGUUAUGAUCAAAGAUACCUGAUCUCUGGAGGUGUGGAUUUUUCGGUAAUAAUUUGGGACAUAUUUUCAGGAGAAAUGAAGCAUAUCUUCUGCGUGCACGGUGGUGAGAUUACUCAGCUGCUCGUCCCACCUGAAAACUGUAGUGCACGAGUGCAGCACUGCAUCUGCUCUGUAGCCAGUGACCACUCAGUGGGACUUCUAAGUUUGCGAGAGAAAAAGUGCAUUAUGCUGGCAUCUCGUCACCUUUUCCCCAUUCAAGUCAUCAAGUGGAGGCCUUCUGAUGAUUACCUAGUGGUGGGAUGUUCAGAUGGCUCUGUGUACGUCUGGCAAAUGGAUACUGGUGCCCUGGAUCGCUGUGUGAUGGGAAUAACAGCAGUAGAGAUAUUGAAUGCUUGCGAUGAGGCUGUUCCUGCUGCAGUCGACUCCCUUAGUCACCCAGCAGUCAACCUAAAACAGGCGAUGACCAGACGGAGCCUCGCGGCUCUUAAAAACAUGGCCCAUCAUAAGCUGCAAACCCUAGCCACUAACCUCUUGGCUUCCGAGGCAUCUGACAAAGGAAAUUUACCUAAAUAUUCUCAUAACUCCCUGAUGGUUCAAGCAAUAAAAACAAACUUAACAGACCCGGAUAUACACGUGCUCUUCUUUGACGUGGAAGCGCUGAUUAUUCAGCUCCUCACCGAGGAAGCCUCCAGGCCGAACACAGCACUUAUUUCCCCGGAGAAUUUGCAAAAAGCAUCUGGCGGUUCAGACAAAGGGGGCUCUUUCCUAACUGGAAAACGAGCAGCAGUCCUCUUCCAACAAGUGAAAGAGACCAUCAAAGAGAACAUAAAGGAGCAUCUCCUGGACGAUGACGAGGAGGACGAGGAGACAAUGCGGCAGAGAAGGGAAGAAAGUGACCCUGAGUACCGGGCCAGCAAAUCGAAGCCACUGACCCUGUUAGAAUAUAAUUUAACUAUGGACACAGCCAAACUCUUCAUGUCCUGCCUUCACGCCUGGGGUCUGAACGAAGUUCUGGAUGACGUCUGUCUGGAUCGUCUUGGAAUGCUGAAGCCCCACUGCACGGUGUCGUUCGGUCUCUUAUCCAGGGGAGGUCAUAUGAGCCUGAUGCUUCCUGGUUAUAAUCAAGCUGCUGGUAAACUACCUCUCGGGGAAGCAGAAGUAGGAAGGAAGCCGCCAGCAACAGAGGGAGUAGGAAAAGGAACUUAUGGGGUGUCCCGAGCUGUCACCACCCAACAUCUCCUGUCUAUCAUAUCCUUGGCAAAUACCUUAAUGAGUAUGACCAAUGCCACUUUUAUUGGUGAUCACAUGAAGAAGGGCCCUACCAGGCCGCCUAGACCAAGCACCCCAGACCUUUCUAAAGCAAAGGGUUCUCCCCCAACUUCCAGUAAUGUUGUACAAGGACAGAUUAAACAAGUUGCUGUGCCUGUCGUUUCUGCUCGGUCUGACGCUGAUCACUCUGGCUGUGACCCUGCUCCUCCUCCUGCUUUACAUUCCUGUUUCUUAGUAAAUGAAGGGUGGAGCCAGCUGGCCGCCAUGCACUGUGUCAUGCUGCCGGACCUGCUGGGCUUGGACAAGUUCCGGCCCCCUCUUCUCGAAAUGCUGGCUCGCAGGUGGCAGGAUCGAUGCUUGGAGGUCCGAGAAGCCGCUCAAGCCCUCCUCCUGGCAGAACUGAGAAGAAUUGAGCAGGCGGGACGCAAGGAAGCCAUUGACGCCUGGGCUCCUUAUUUACCUCAGUAUAUGGACCACGUCAUAUCCCCUGGAGUUUCAGCAGAAGCCAUGCAGACUAUCAGCACUGCUCCAGAUACCUCAGGGCCAGAAGCCAAAGUCCAGGAGGAAGAGCAUGAUCUUGUAGAUGAUGACAUCACAACUGGUUGCUUAUCAAGUGUCCCACAGAUGAAAAAAAUUUCCACAUCUUAUGAAGAAAGACGGAAACAAGCUACUGCUAUUGUUUUGCUAGGAGUAAUAGGAGCCGAAUUUGGUGCUGAAAUUGAACCUCCAAAACUGUUGACCAGACCUCGAAGCUCAAGUCAGAUUCCUGAGGGAUUUGGUUUGACUAGUGGUGGAUCCAACUACUCACUGGCCAGACAUACUUGUAAGGCACUGACAUUUCUCCUGCUGCAGCCGCCAAGCCCCAAACUCCCUCCGCACAGCACUAUUCGAAGGACAGCCAUCGAUCUGAUCGGGCGCGGCUUCACGGUGUGGGAGCCGUACAUGGAUGUGUCAGCUGUCCUGAUGGGGCUGCUCGAACUCUGUGCCGAUGCUGAGAAGCAGCUUGCCAACAUCACAAUGGGGCUGCCUCUGAGCCCAGCAGCUGACUCCGCCCGCUCGGCCAGGCAUGCCCUCUCGCUCAUUGCCACGGCCAGACCACCCGCCUUCAUCACCACCAUAGCCAAAGAGGUGCACAGACACACUGCACUUGCAGCCAAUACCCAGUCCCAGCAGAAUAUCCACACUACAGCGCUUGCACGAGCUAAAGGGGAAAUUCUGAGAGUCAUUGAAAUUCUUAUUGAAAAGAUGCCCACAGAUGUUGUGGAUCUCCUGGUGGAGGUUAUGGACAUCAUUAUGUACUGCCUCGAAGGAUCUUUAGUUAAAAAGAAAGGUCUUCAAGAAUGUUUCCCAGCCAUUUGCAGGUUCUACAUGGUCAGCUAUUAUGAGCGGAAUCACAGAAUAGCAGUCGGAGCUCGCCAUGGUUCAGUGGCCCUGUACGACAUCCGGACUGGAAAAUGUCAGACAAUCCAUGGACACAAGGGACCGAUCACUGCAGUGGCCUUUGCUCCUGAUGGACGCUAUCUUGCCACCUACUCCAACACUGACAGCCACAUUUCCUUCUGGCAGAUGAACACCUCGCUGUUGGGGAGCAUCGGCAUGCUCAACUCGGCCCCGCAGCUGCGCUGCAUCAAGACCUACCAGGUGCCCCCGGUGCAGCCGGCCUCCCCUGGCUCGCACAACGCGCUGCGCCUGGCCCGGCUCAUCUGGACCUCCAACCGCAAUGUCAUCCUGAUGGCGCACGACGGCAAGGAGCACCGCUUCAUGGUCUGACGCGGCCUCAUCUCACAGUCCUCUUGCCGGGUCGCCACCGGUCCUCGCUCUGCCUCUGCCGCAGCGCCCACCCUGUGUCCUCCAGGCGCGGCUGGCGCUGUCCCUUCUGCAAAGUUCCCGGGCGGCUCCUGCUCGUGCCACCUGCUCAUUCCAAGGCGUGCACCCCCCCUGCAGGAUGCGGCCUGUGUCUCUUGGUCGCUUUUCCCCCCUUCUGCAGGUAGGGGCGGCGAUGGUCCCUGCGAGCCAGUGCUAGUGUGGCCUGGGGCGCCAGAAGCCCCCAAAUCAAUAAACACUGUGAUCGCAUUUCCCCGCCCAGAUGAGCGUUUUCCUCCAGCUAAAGGCCACCUCUGAAGUGCUUGAACCUAGUCGUGUGACCGUGGGUUUUGGAAUAUUGGGGCGGUCCCAAUUACUGGAAAUUACUUUCCUUUGACUAGCUACUGUUGUUUACCAAAAGGAUUGUGUUUACGUGGGUUUUCUUUUCUUUUUUUUUUUUUCUUUCUCCUUCUGGUGAAUGCUAGUAAGUAACUUAUUCCAUCCAAUUUCCCCAGGGCUCAGACACUACCCUCUUUAUUAACAUUUACUCAAUUUGAGACUGAUGAGAAAAUCUCCAAAAAAAAUAUUUUCGCCUUGCGGAGAAUACAGUUUUUCAGUCACCUGACCUUCUAAAAUGCUCAUAUCCUGCUUAAGUGAUCGUGUACUUAGUAGUUUUUUUUUUUUUUAAAAAAAAUCACUACUUGUGAUGUAGUUAAUAAGAUUAUCCAAUAACUCCGACCUUUUGAAAAGGAAUUCUGUAAUAACCAAUUUCAGGUGUACAGCUUAGACGUAAAAAGACUUGUGUGUCUAUUGCUUACAGACCUUUGUGUUUCAGAAAGCUCUUACCCGGUCCCUCCAGAAACCACAUAUCCACAGUUCCCAUAUGGACACGCGGUCAGUUAUCAUGUAAUAGUUACGAUUCAGCCUUCAAACUACUUACUACUGACCAAUUAAAGCAAAACUAUGACAGCGUUAAGUUUAAACAAAUAUUCUAGAAAAUUAGGAACUUUGGCACAAGCAUUCAGGAGUAAAUAUAAAAAAUACGAGAGCUCUCAGUCAGUUAAGCAAACACUGCAAUGAGGGUGUUCAUCCCACUUCAAAGUAAGCUUUAACUAGAUAGUCUUCUUCUGGCAAGUGAUGCUGGUUCUUCGUCCUAGUCGUGGAAAAGAAUCCAUAAAGUAAUAUCUGGUAGACAUUGAGCCUCACAAACCUUGACCUGUAUUUAGUUGGGGAUUUGUUUGCUCGGUUGGGUGUUGACUGAUGGGGUCAGUUGGGCAAAAUGGUUUAUUAAGUGCAAACACAGAAAAUGAUUUAUUAAACUCAGAGAAAAUAAGAAGUUUCAAAGGAACCAAAAAUAACGGGAGCAUUUAAUUUUAAAAGCAUAGAUUGUCAGAAUUUAUGUAAUAUCCCCCCCAAAAGUAGGAUCACCGUCCAGGAACAAAUACAUCUGUUAUUUUACUGAAACAGAUUUUUAAAAAACAUGUUAAGAAAUUAAGAUCAUUAGAACGACUCUUUCGUAUUGAUAUGAAGUAUAUUAUUUCCACUGAUGGCAAACCUGUAUUAUUCCUUGGUUUUAGACUCUGGGUGUUCUUCAAAAAGUGAACUUAUGCCAUUUGCAUGUACAUUGUAUUUAUAAAGAUUCUCUCUGUAGUGUGCAGGAAGAACAAAGAACUAUACAGUUUAGGCUUUGUUUGUUUGGUGAGCACAGUGUCGUGUUCGGUAUUGAUGCAGCAACCUGAAAAAAACUACAGUGUGCUUGGUUUUUCCAGUGGGUUCCCCAGUCUUCUUGCAACUCAGCACAUGUCUACUCUCUGAUGCUAAAUUGGGGUUAAUUUCUCCUAGACUACAAAGCUGUUUUGGAAUGAUGAAGUAAAGGUAUACCUUAGAGUUGUUGUGGGGUGUUGUUUUUUUUUUUCACGUCCCAUUCCCCAGGGGACAGAUGUGAGACUAACAGAUGGGGCACCCCAGCUGCCCAGGCAGCACCCAACACAAAGAUUUACAGCAAGGCUCUAAGGCAGGAUGGGGACUGAAACUCCUGGACAACAGCAGAGGCCCCCCCUCCCUCAUAGAUUCUGUCUGCACAACCAAAAUUAGAAUAUUCCAGUUGUAAAACUCGGGUAGAUGAUAUUUGAUGGUUAAAAGUAAUAUUUGCAUCUUAUUAACACAGGUCUUUCCUUGGCUAUUUUGACAGCCACAGUUCCAAAUUUCAUCACAGCUUAGAUUUCUCAGCACUGAGGUAAACUUUGAAUUGUCAUUCGAGUGUACAGUUUUAGUGUUUUAUUGAUUUUGCUGGCCUGUAUUUGGACCUGUCCUUGUAAAUGUAGAGACAUAUGUGGCUUCCUUGGUAAUUUACAAGCAAAAGAUGACUUGAUGUGACACCCGUAUGAAAAUGUAAUGAUUGAAACUCACUAUGUACAGCAAAUGAAUUAAAAUGUCUGCCUCUCAAGACAUUCCUCGAUGAUUCCAGUUAAUAGAUUCUCUAUGUGCUGAAUGUCCCUGUGUACAUAUGUGUGUUAAAUAAAACUCAAUUGUAAUGAAGAUUGUUUUUCUCACAAAAACAUUGCUCAUUUUUCUUAAGCAUUUCUUAGUCAAAAUCCAUAUGCCUUCCACCCUCCCCUUUUGAAAGGUACCAGAUUAAGCUUUCUAUUUCUCGUUCUUCAUUUCCCUGGAGAACUAGCUUCGGGAAAGGCAAACUUGCUCACAGAGGACAGCAGAGCUGUAGAGAAGGAAGUCCCUCUAGAACACUGCCCAAGUGUGAGAACCAGAGAUGUUUUCCUACCAGUAACUCAACAGCACCCUCUGUAGUUUGGGCAAGGGAAUUGUGUGCAUGUUGCUUUUUAUCUACCCUUAUGUACCAAAUUAUAUCUUGUCAGAUUUGAUGACAAGGGUUGGCCACUGGGAUGGGGAGGCUGGGCUGAGAUAAUUAAAUUCAUUUCAUUUAAUA